AUGACUAAUUAUAGUGGUAAUCGGCUGGUGGGUUUUAGGUUUCACCCUACCGAUCAAGAACUCAUCAGUUACUUCCUCUACAAGAAAGCGAUAGCCAAGGAGCCAUUAAUGGCGUCAUACAGCAACAUUGUGCAUGACUUCAAUCCUUUGGGCGAAACAGAGCCCUGGGUCGUCUGGGAUAUCUUCGGAGGACCUGACCUCAUUGACGAAGACUUGUAUUUCUUCUCGGAGCUCAAGAAUUCAAGCCCAAAGGGUUCGCGCAUCAAACGCAAGAUUGAGGCCGGAGGUACUUGGAGCGAAGCCUUCUCCAAAAAGGUUUACGACGAGACGACUGGAAACCCUAUCGGGCGAAAAAGGAAUUUGCGGUACGAGAACGAAGGGUGUGAGCACCACGGCAAGUGGCUGUUAGAAGAAUAUAGUCUUGUUGAUCAAGAGACACAAAAGAUUGUGCUAUGCCGACUUAAAAAGAACAACAGGGUUUGGAACAAAAUAAAUAAUUCAACUCAAGAAUUGAAGGAGAAACCCUCAAACAAGAAGGCAAGAAAAGGAUUGGGAUCACCAUGGAUCAAGAUUGAGGAUGAGGAACCGCACAGAACUUCUGGCCAAAGUAGCGUCUAUAAUAAUCUUGAUCAAGAGCUGAUAAUCGAUACUAAUUAUAAUGCGAUUUCGAAUAAUAUUUGUGGUGAUAAUCAAGAUAACAUGUUGAUGACCAGUGACUUUGCGUCUGAUCCGGUAUGCUUCGACUAUGGUGGUCUGACUGAUGAAGAAUAUGUUUUUGACGUCAAUGAAUUGUUGGCAACAGUAGAGCCACAACCAUUGUCAAUGGAGUUGCCUCAGAUGGCUGAAACCCUAGAGCCUUUGCUAAGUUCUGGGCUUGGUGAUGAUAGGGCAGUGGAAGCUUGGAACUCAGGUGGUUUGGAGAAUAUAUAUGCAACCAACAAAUAG